ACAGAAAAACACACAGGCACACACACAAGUCACAUACACACUAAGCUUUCUCUUCCUCCUCCUUCUGUCACAUUAUGCUAUUCUCAUAUAGAUAUUACAUGCUCAAACCUAAAAACACACAGAGCACCAUCUCUGCAGUUGUUACAGAAAAAUCUGCACACUCUUAAAGGCAGAUAUUUAAACAGACACAUACAUUCAUAGCUAUACACAGAUAGAACAGACGCUCCAUUCUUCUGCAAGGGACCUCUUCCACAAACAAAGCUCAGACUCGGUGUUAAAGGAAAACAGAUAUACGAAUACCCACAAGCAACAUGUCAGGAAGCAAAUCACCGUUUAAAAAGAGAGCCAGUCUGCAGGCUCCCAGCACAGCAGAACUUCGAGGGUCACUAUUUCACCCCCUGCAAUCAGCCAAAUCUUUUUCUGGGACACCGCAUAGUCUCAAGCAGCUUAAUCGAGAACUAAGGACAUCUAUGGAGGGAAAAUACAAGGAGAUAGCAGAGGAGCUCUUCAGUCGCUCCCUUGCAGACAGCGAUAUGCGCUCUGCUCCAUAUGAAUUUCCAGAAGAGAGUCCUAUUGAAAAGCUGGAGGAAAGGAGGCAGCGUUUGGAGAGGCAAAUUAGCCAGGAUAUAAAACUUGAGCCUGAUAUUUUACUUAGAGCUAAACAGGACUUUCUGAAAAUUGACAGCAGUGCAGACUUACAGUUGUACAAAGAAGAACAUGAGGAUUUAGUCGAUCAUUUUUCAAAGGAUGUUCUUUUUGAGCGAGAAUAUCAAAGAGUAACUAUCUCUGGUGAUGAAAAGUGUGGGGUGCCAUUUACAGAUUUGCUGGAUGCUGCUAAAAGUGUUGUACGGGCUCUCUUUAUUCGUCAGAAGUAUAUGAACAUGUCUAUGCAGAGCUUCUGCAGGACCACUGCCAGGCAUCUAAAAGAGCUGAGUGAGGGAGCCCUGGACAGUCCUCCUCAGGAAGAAGGCCCAGACACUCCCGUGGCACCAGAUGCUCCUGUUCACCCUCCUUUUGCAGUGCAGCACCCAUAUGAAGUGUGUGAUCCCAGCAUUAUGCCCCCUGAUUUGGGCUUUGGACUAAAAAUGAUGAAUGGUGUGGUUCAUGUUUAUACAAAGCGUGAUGUCACUGACAUGAACACAGAGCUGGACCUUCCAUAUCCUGACCUGUCAGAAUUUGUGGCUGACAUGAAUGUCCUUAUGGCUCUGAUCAUAAACGGACCUAUUAAGUCAUUCUGCUACCGACGGUUGCAGUAUUUAAGUUCUCGCUUCCAGAUGCACGUUUUGCUCAAUGAGAUGAAGGAAUUGGCUGCUCAGAAGAAAGUUCCACACAGAGAUUUUUACAACAUAAGAAAGGUGGAUACUCAUAUUCAUGCAGCCUCUUGCAUGAAUCAGAAGCAUUUACUUCGUUUUAUCAAACGUGCAAUGAAAAAAAAUUGUGAGGAGAUUGUUCAUGUGGAGGGUGGAAAGGAACAGACUCUUCGUCAGGUCUUUGAAAACAUGAAUUUGACUGCAUAUGAUCUGAGUGUGGAUACUUUGGAUGUGCAUGCGGAUAGAAAUACGUUCCAUCGCUUUGACAAGUUUAAUUCCAAAUACAACCCAAUCGGAGAGUCUGUCCUAAGGGAAAUUUUCAUCAAGACGGAUAACAGGGUAUCUGGAACAUAUUUUGCACACAUUAUAAAGGAAGUGAUGUCAGACUUGGAAGAAAGCAAAUAUCAGAACGCAGAACUGCGUCUAUCAAUUUAUGGACGCUCUCGGGGAGAGUGGGAUAGUCUUGCUUGCUGGGCUGUUAAUCACAAAGUACAUUCUAACAAUGUUCGCUGGCUUGUGCAAGUUCCACGGCUCUUUGAUGUAUACCGCAGUAAGAAGCAGAUUUCUCACUUUCAGGAGAUGCUGGAGAAUAUUUUCCUGCCACUUUUUGAAGUCACUGUGAACCCAGCAAGUCAUCCAGAGCUUCACCUCUUCCUGGAACAUGUGGAUGGAUUUGACAGCGUUGAUGAUGAAUCCAAGUCAGAACAUCACAUGUUUAAUAUGGAUAGUCCACUGCCUGAGAACUGGACAGGAGAGGACAACCCUCCAUAUUCCUAUUACUUGUAUUACAUGUAUGCCAAUAUGACUGUUCUCAAUCACAUGCGCAGGCGGCGUGGAUUUCAUACUUUUGUGCUGCGGCCACACUGUGGGGAAGCAGGACCAAUCCAUCACUUGGUGUCUGCAUACAUGCUGUCUCAGAACAUCUCACAUGGACUUCUAUUACGCAAGGCGCCUGUAUUACAGUAUUUGUAUUACUUGGCUCAGAUUGGCAUUGCUAUGUCUCCUCUCAGUAACAAUAGUUUGUUCCUGAGUUACCAUAGGAAUCCACUACCUGAUUUCUUGUCUCGUGGUCUGAUGGUGUCUCUUUCUACUGAUGACCCAUUGCAGUUCCACUUCACAAAGGAACCUCUAAUGGAAGAAUACAGCAUUGCAACCCAAGUGUGGAAACUGAGCUCAUGUGACAUGUGUGAGCUGGCAAGAAACAGCGUGUUAAUGAGUGGCUUUCCUCACAAGGUGAAAAGCUAUUGGCUUGGACCAAAAUACUCACAGGAUGGACCUGAAAGCAAUGACAUUCGCAGGACCAAUGUUCCUGACAUUCGUGUUGGCUUUCGAUAUGAGACUCUCUGUGAAGAACUGACACUGAUCACGCAAGCUUUGCAGAGUGAGGAGCUUGAACCCAUCCCUGAAGAGGCUCUGUUCAUGGGGGUUGAGCUUGGUGGGGAAACCAAAGGAGAGUCUAAUAGCCAGAGUAUGGAGAAUGAGAAAAGACGACCCUAAACAAAGCAAAUACUUUAAAAGGGGGAUGGGAAUAGAGAAACUUUAAUGACCAUAAGCAUGGAGAAGCACCAGUAAAAAAGAUGAGGCAAUGGCCUUUGGAGCAUAAGAAAGAAAAAGAAACAUAAUUUUUUUUACUGUGGUUGUACCUGUAAAAGAAACAGAAAGAAGAGGCAGAUAGUCUAUAUGAGUGGUGAAAUGUUGUUUGCAAGUAUGUAGCAAAUGACUGAAGAAAUCAUGGAAAUGUGUGCUGCUCUAAAGAAAACAUAAAUAUGUUAAUGUAACUAUAGUUCUGAUAAAUGUUGGAAGAAAACCUACACAGUAAACAAGAGCUGAAAUUAAAAUAUAUGUGAAAGAAGCAGAGGAUGGGGAGAUUAAACACAGAUUGCCUCCUCCACUUGUGAGGAGGUAGGUGCCUAAGCAUGAAUAAUAUUGAGAACCCUGCAAUAUUAUGUUUAUAAAUAUAUAUAUAUUUUAAAAACUAUUAGAAUGAGAAAUUUAUCAUAUUGUGUAAAACCUCUGGUCAGAAAUGUUUAGAGUGUAAAGACAGUGACUAUUAUGCACAAAAGAGUGAGGCUUUUAUGCUUCAGAAAGAAAAAUAUCUAGUAUUACUGUCAUUUUUUCUGAAAAGGUAAUCAGCUGUAGAGACAGUGUCAGUAAAAUAGAGCAAACAGUGUGUAAUGGCAAAAUGUUGGCACUGGGGCAAUUGUUUUUAACUGAAGAAAGCUGGGAAAUCAAAUAAUUUUUAGGCUGGAAAAAAACUCUGUGAUCUGUUUAUAUAGUAGAGGAAAAAGUUGCAAUGAUUUUGUAAGGUGUAAAAUUAAAUGUCUCAAGCAAUGUCUUAUUUUAGCAUGUUCUCUGGUAUGCUUGCCUGUUCUGUUUUUAGAACAUCAGUUGUGUAAACCUCCCUGCUCAUGAUAACUCACCGGCACACUUGGGGGCAUUUUUAUUAUGUUGUGUAAAAAAACGGCAAGAAAAUUUGCCACACAUCUCCAAGCUUCGCUAUGUAAAAUCAGCAUAAAACACAGCAUAAUAAAUAUGCCCCUAGAUCUUGCCACAACUGCAGUGCAAUGAACAUAUCCAGAAAAUCCUAAUCCACACUAUGGGGGAUAUUUACUAAUGGGGGGGUUCUGAUUUGGAUUUUUUAGCACUGAAAAAAAAGGUUGCAACUUUUUUCGUGAUUUACUAUGUGACAAAACUGUGCAAAUUCUAUAUCUGAAAAUACCCCAUCAAAAACCCGUUGAUCAUGUAGACGUCAAUGGCAAAUGUCUAUUCCCUUCUCUGGAAGACCUUUCUUUGCUUUGAAUUGAGGAAUUGAGAUUUUGGACUUUUGAUGCUGGCUUUUGUGUGGCAAUUUAAAAAUAUCAGACAUUUAUGAAAAUUAGUUUAUUCAAAUGUUUUUUUUUUUUUAGGCUGGGAGAAACUAGAGUUGUAGUAAAUCUGCCUCCACAAGUAGGAUAAACUGCUUAAAAAUCAAGAAAUCUUCAACCAAACCAUAUUUGCCCAAAGUGUACAUUGUGGUAAAAAAUUUCCCUGUAGUGUGUGCCUAAAACAUAUAAAAGAUUGAAAAGAGCAUGUGGAUGCCAUACUAAUCAUCUGUUAUGUACCUGAAAUCCUAGACCUACUACUGUGCCUCUGUACUACGGUGUUAUAUCACAAAAACAAGUUGGAAUAAAACAAUUCAAUUAUGUAUUAUGUUAGCUAUAGUGCAUUGUGACAUUUAAAUCUCUACACAAUUCCUCUCACACUUAAUCAUCCACAUGUACUUUGCACUUAUGUUGUAUAUUGACUUGAUACACUUUGUUGUAAAAAUAUACUAGUAUUACAUAUAUUGUUUUUCUACCCAAACCAAAAAUCAGCAGUGAGGUGACGUUGUUGUGUAAUGUCACUGAACAUUUUGACAAAAAAUGUAAAAUAUUAAAAAGCCCAACAAUACUGGCACAGUUCUUUUAAAAGUUA